UUUAAUUUAUAGCUACACUUUUAUUGUGUCCAUUUUUAAAUGAAAGUUGUGACGAACUCACCUCUAGAUGAACAAAAAUAACCUUUGUUCAAUUUUUUGAUGAUAAAAACAAUACUGAGUUUAAAACACUUGGGAUCUUAGUUACAUACAAGUAGAAGUCAAAUAGUGCCUAGGUUUGCAAUAAUAAUUUCUUAUACUUUACAUGUAGCAAGAGGAAAAUGGACGAUUUGAUCACUCUUAUUCGUACCGAAAUUCCGGAAGGAAGACAGAAUCUGCAAGAAAGCUACACGAACCUGGAACGUGUAGCGGAAUAUUGUGAAGAUACCUAUUACCGGUCUGACAACAAAAAAGUAUCUUUAGAGGAAACAAAGAACUAUACCACGCAGUCCUUAGCUAGUGUGGCCUAUCAAAUCAACACACUAGCAUAUAAUUUUCUGCAGUUAAUGGAUCUUCAAGCUACUCAGAUGGCCGAAAUGGAGUCACAGAUGAAUCAUAUAUCUCAAACCGUAAUGAUUCAUAAAGAGAAGGUAGCUCGACGAGAAAUAGGUGUUUUGACUGCAAAUAAAGUAAGCACAAGACAAUAUAAGAUUGUGGCACCAUUGAAUCCAGAGAAGCCUAUCAAGUAUGUACGCAAGCCUAUCGAUUAUAGUCUAUUGGACGAUAUUGGCCAUGGGAUCACACUAACCAAUAACAACCAGAAAAAACAUCGCGUUUCAAGUCAAGGAUCGAUACAAUCACUAUCUGCAAAUAUUUCGGUAGGUCCUCCACCUACCACAAAACCUCCAACCCCGCCACAAAUGACACGUAGUGCUGGACACACUGGGACUCUUGGAAAAAGUGCUAGUAACACGGGAACAUUGGGAAAAACCUCACGAGAAUAUCGAACCCCACCUGUGGUAGUACCACCUCAAGUUCCCUCACACUAUGCUCCGAAUUUUCCAGUAGGACAUCCAAGAAGAUCUGGCUCCGAACGUGGUCCCGGUUAUAGUGCCCUUCCAAUGCCAAUGCCACCAAGUCAAAUUGCAAUGCACCAUCCGCCUCAAGUCGGUAUGGUGCAUCCGAUGCCUCCUUCUACUAUUCAACAUCAGUCCACAUUUGAUGAACGUAACAGCAUGCCACCUCCUCCAUCUCCAUUGACAGUAACCCAUGAAUUACCUGAUCAUAGCCACAUUGGAAUGCAUACCCUCAGUCGAAAUAUGCCUCGUCCAGGCUCACAAUCUCCACCUUUACCCCCUCCACCGCCUCCAGAGGAAUCCGACCAUGCCGAUUUUGGAAGACCAAGAAAUACUCAGAAUUUAGUUGCACCAAUUGUUCCGGAAGAUCAAAACUUACCAGGAUGGGUCCCAAAAAAUUACAUAGAAAAGGUAGUGGCAAUUUAUGAUUAUUACGCAGACAAGGACGAUGAGUUAAGUUUCCAAGAAAGUUCCGUAUUGUACGUGCUGAAAAAGAACGAUGAUGGCUGGUGGGAAGGUGUCAUGGAUGGAGUUACUGGUUUGUUUCCAGGGAAUUAUGUAGAACCAUGCGUUUAAUGUUAUAAUUAAAAUGUCGUAAAAUCAAUAUUAUUAGUUAAUAUCAAAUGUAUACAUACAUCAAACAUAUUUCCACUCUAGUGUUACGUGUGGUAUAUAUUGUUCAAAAAAUGGAGAACACCCGCGAAAAACACAUUUGAGUGUCAAUAUGUGUACAAUUGUAUUCCAGCAAUAGGAAUCUUUUUUCUACUAACUGCUAUUAUCUAUUAUUGCUAAUGAAUAUAUUAUAACAGAAUAAACUCGUUCAUUUGUCAUAAAGGAUUAAA